AGUUUUUCAGCUUUACCGGCGUCAGGUUUUUUUUUUUUUUUUUUUUUUACAUUUGAGCCAAAUAUAUUUGCUGAAAAGAAGAAAGAACGCUGGAUAGAUGCUGCUGGAGUGGAUGAUGAACGGACACGCCAUUCUUUACACGGGGGUCACUUUGGCCUUUUGGAGCACCAUAUUGAUUGUUGGUGUUUGCUACACAAUUUUUGACCUGGGAUUCCGCUUUGACGUGGCAUGGUUCCUGUUAGAAACCUCUCCUUAUAUGUGGGCCAAUCUGGGUAUUGGCCUGGCCAUCUCUCUCUCUGUGGUGGGUGCAGCCUGGGGGAUCUACAUAACUGGCUCAAGCAUUAUUGGUGGCGGCGUGAAGGCCCCAAGAAUCAAAACGAAGAACCUGGUCAGUAUCAUCUUCUGUGAAGCUGUAGCAAUCUAUGGGAUCAUCAUGGCUAUUGUCAUCAGCAACAUGGCUGAGAGCUACAGUGGAACAACCCCAGAAACUAUUGGAGCAAAGAACUACCAAGCUGGUUACUCCAUGUUUGGAGCUGGUUUGACUGUUGGCUUUUCCAACCUCUUCUGUGGCGUCUGCGUGGGCAUUGUGGGCAGCGGUGCAGCGCUGGCAGACGCCCAGAACCCCAGCCUCUUUGUGAAGAUUCUAAUCGUGGAAAUAUUUGGCAGUGCGAUUGGCCUGUUUGGCGUGAUCGUAGCCAUUCUGCAGACAUCGAAAGUAAAGAUGGGAGACUAGAAGACGCACCCACAUGAUAGGAAGAUUCAAAAAU